AUGCAUAUCUUCCAGAUCCUUCUGAUCGCUCUCCAGGCGUGGGCGAUUACCGCGGCGCCGAUUCUCGCUUCUCGCCAGGCCAAGACCAUUACUACUGCUCUCGGCAUGGUUCAAACCUCUCUCGAAAAACUCGAUACUGCGGUAAAGGGCCUUUCCGCAAGCGACCCCAACUCAGCUGUUGCCGUUCUCAACGGCGCUCAAGGAGCGCAAUCCGCCCUUGAAAAAGCCACAUCCAUGAUCGAGGGUGCCAACAACCUGGGACUUAUUGGAGCUCUCGGCCUUCAGCAGACCGCCGACGGUGUUGUUGGACAGGUUCAGACUACUCUCGGCGAUCUUACUGCGAAGAAGCCAGUUUUUGACCAACUCGGCGUCACCUCAGUCGUCUCAGAUGCCCUUCAGCAGCAAAAGGCUGGCAGUGGACAGCUCAGUGAAGCACUUCUCAGCAAGGUUCCCGCUAUUGCCCGCCCUAUCGCCCAGCAGAGCACCGGUCAGCUUACUGAGGCUCUGGAUGGUGCCAUUGCCGCCUUCUCCAAGCCUGCUGCUAAGCCUCCUGCGGCUCCCAAGCCCCCCGCUGCCGCUCCCCCUGCUGCUGGUGGUGCUGCUAAACCACCUGCUGCUGCUCCUCCUGCUGCUGCCCCUCCUGCUGCUGCUUGA